UGCUGCGUGGUGCAUGGUUAGCGUGUCGUUGCGAAUUCAUGGUGGAUUGUGGACUAUUGUUUAAAGAAAAUAAAUCUGAUAAUUAGACAGCCUGCGGUUCGGGUUUAAUCGAAUUUAAUGGGGUACAGUGGUUUCCGGCCGAGCUUCGUAUGAGUGUGAACCAACAGCUAACCUGCUGAACCUGAAUCGAGAAUCGAACAACUCGCAAUAUAGUGAACCCAAAGUGAUCCAAAGGUAAAGUGACACCAACCUGAAUCUGGAUCCGUUCGAGCUGCAUCCGGAUUGUGUGUUUGUUCGGGGAAUAAAAAGUGGUAACCAAGAAGCACUGAAUGAAAAAAAAAACCCUCGAAGAGAAGGUGAAGCAACCUCCGUCGUCCGUCCGCUCUAGUUCCAACAACAACAACAACAGUUGGUGUGUUGUAAUUCGAUAAUUGCUGAUCGGAUUAUCGUUCGGAGGGUGGUGGCGGUUUCUACUUCUGGUGCUGUGCGGCCAGCUGCAAGUGGUACAAGUGUUCUGGAAAGGAUAAUCGUAUACGGUUAGCUGCGAAUACAGCAGUGAGAAGAAAGAGGGAAACCAAAUCGCUGGAGGUCGUCGUCGUCGGUGUCCUUUCGGCGGGACGGUGUUGAGUUGAGUGAUUGAAAAAUAUGAAAUAUUAUACCGCCCACUGAUUGGGACGUGGUGAUUGUCAUUGAAGGAGGGAAGAGUGUAAUUGGAGUGACAAGUGAUAGAGGGGGUGGAAGUUUUUUUUUUUUGCUGGAAGAUUUGCUGCUAAAACAAGUAAGUUGGACAAGUGUGAAGCGGCACGGCACGUGUGGAGCUGAUGUAGCUGGAAUAUCAACUGUUUUACAAGGUCCUCCUCAAAGCCGCACUCAAUUUCGCUGAGUGAACAAAGCCACACGCAGCUAAUGAAUCACAACCGACCAUUAACCGCCACAUUCUACUUAUUCCGCGUGACUUCAGUGCUCAAUCAUCGGUUUUCACAAAAUUAGGCCCACCAGUCCCAUUGUGCUCUUAGAUUCACACUACCCUGUAAUCAAAGGUUGGCCCUCAAACGGCUGGCUCUCAUAACGCCGCCGCCGCCGCCCUAAAUACGAAAUAACUCCAUUAAUUAAAAGCGUCAUGCAUACAAACAACAGUAGUGGAACAACAGCAGCGGAAUUGUGAUUUGUGCAAAGUGACCAAGUGCAUCGUCAACGGCGGCGUAGCCAUUCCUCUCGACUGCUCCAUCAGCAGCGUCAUCACUACUAGUCACCAUCAUCAUCAUCACCGUCAGCGUCAUUAGGCACCGGCGGCAUUGGAAAAACAAUCUUGCUCCCGGUGAUGGCACCAACAGCAGCCGGGGUGUUGUAGCAAUCAGCGAGUUUUCCACCUGCAUGACCAGCGACAGAGCGAAAUAAUUACUCCUGUGGGCGCGCGCAGUCAGGAAGUAGCAAAAUGUACUCUUCGAUAGCUGGAAGCGCUACCCUCCGGUGGAGGACAAUCCUGUUGGCCAUCCUGUUGACUUUGCUGACGGUGGCCGUGCAGGUCACCUCCAGUCAUCUGCAGAAACGAUGCCCAACCGACUGCGAGUGUAACCUGGAUCAAAGGGGACUGUAUCAGACGGUUUGCAGCAGAGUGCAAUGGCGAACAGUCCCAGUGCAAGACUUCGACAAAGACGUCGAAGUGAUCCUGAUCCGGAGCUCGAAAAACUCCCUCACCAUCGGGCCGGUGUUCCAGUCCCUGUCGAAGCUGGAGAUGCUAAAAAUAACCAACGCCAACGUGCCGGCCAUCGGAAUGAAUUCGUUCUGGGGACUGGUCCGGUUGCGCACGCUGGACCUUUCGCGGAACAACAUCACCCAAAUCACGGUGGAGAACUUCCGGGGGCAGGAUAACUUGCUGGAGCUGGACUUGUCCAAGAACCGAAUGGAGCGGAUAGCGAGCGGGACGUUCGGGCAUUUGAAGAGCCUGAAAUCGCUGAACCUGGCAGACAAUUCCAUCGACGAGCUGAACGCACGGCUGUUCCUCCAUUUGGCGAAGCUGAAGCACCUGGACCUGAGCCGAAAUCCCAUCGACGAUCUGCCUCCGGAGGUGUUUAAGGACGUACAGGAAUUGAAAGUGCUAAAGGUGCGAGGGUGUCAUCUGUUGAACGUGAAUCCGCAGGUUUACAAUAUGCUGACGCAUCUGACCGAGCUGGAUUUGGGUCACAACCAGUUCACUUACUUUGUAAAAACAGAAUUUAAGGAUUUAAAGCGACUACGAAUCCUCCGGCUGGAUGGCAAUCAGCUCUCCGUUGUAGUCGACCAUUUGUUCGAGUAUCAGAAAAGUCUCAACAUUCUAGACCUCUCCUACAACCGGUUGGCCAAAAUCUCGGAGAAAGCUUUCGAGAAUUUAUCGAACCUCACAUAUCUGGACGUAUCGUACAAUAAAUUAUCGCGCAUCGAGCCGGAAUGCCUGGAACCGGUGGCGGCCAAUUUGCGCACAUUCAACAUCAGCGGCAACCUGCAGCUGGACCUGAUGGAGGUGAAUCCCACCUUCCAGGUCAUCCCGAACAUAUCGACCCUGGCCGUAGCCGACAUGGGUCCACUGCCGCUGAAGCUGUUCGAGCCGUUCAAACAGCUGCGCACUCUGAACCUUUCCGGCAAUCACAUCGACAACAUCACACUACAAAUCAUACAACCGUUGGCGCACUUGAGGCUGCUGGAUCUGUCGCGCAACCAGCUGUCCGGGGUGGAGGACCGCCACGCGGCACAGCUGGCUCGGAUCGCCGACCUGCGAAUGGACAAUAAUCCACUGAUAUGCGACCGGUGCCACAUGGGAGCACUCAUCGACAUGGCAAGCGAGUUGCCAUGGCCGGAGAAACCGGUGUGCUUUCUGCCGGAACGUUUGCGGGGCAUACCGAUUGAUGACCUGCAGCCGGACAGCGUCGAAAUCUGCAUGGAGGUGAUAGUUGACGAGGACCACGAUGCGGCCAGCACGUCGCACAACUUUUUGGAGCAAGCCGGCAGUGUCAGCGUGCUUGCCUUUUGUGGCCUGAUGGUAUUCGUCCUUUUGGCGAUAGUCGUGGUUUCGACGGCUAUUUGCUUGUCAAGGCACCGGGCGCGGUACUACACCCACGAGGAGAAACGAGACACCAUGAUGGAGAAGAACGGUACCGAAACUUCAAUCCUGACGGCAGCCGGCAGCGAAAUCAACUUCAAGUUCCCCUACACGGACCGGGUGUGCACCAUCGAUGAAAUGUGCAUUCCCCCACCGCCGCCACCUCCCCCGGGCAAACCCCCGGCCAACGUCAUCGAACGAUUCGAUUAACGAACGGAGCUGCCGAGCUCGGGCGUCGCCGCCGCCGCCGCCGAUGAUGGCGCUUCCACCGAAGGGGGUCCAUCUGGGGCCACCACGAUCACCACGGUGGCCAUCAUCGGGGACGACUCGUCGACGACGUCGGCAUCGAUACUGGGCAUCGGAACGUCAUCCAGUGCCAUCACGGCCAGCAGCAGUCUGGAUGGGGGCAGCAGUACUUCUGGGGGUGUGGCAACGCCGGGAGUGCUACCCCCGGCAGCGGCGGCGGCAGUUCCACUUCGUGGUAUUUUAAGGAAAAGCAAGGAUGUGUUUUAGGAUUAGGCAAGCCGUUUAACGAAGCGGCCGCAAGCUAGGUUUUUCUUGUAAAUAUGGUAUGUGAGAUUUUUAUGUAUUUAAGCAUUCAUUCGUAGACGGUAAGCGAAAAAGUGUGAAUAAUCUUGUACAGUCAGUUGUGUUGCGGCGAUACGAAGGACCAUGCGUCUCCAUUGGGGUGAAAGAAAAUGAUCAGUUUUGCGGCCAGAUGUCGAUGUUGGCAGCAUAAUCUCAGAAUGCAAUGCAGCUCUAUGGUUGGAAAUACUAUGACCUUUCCCCUCUUAAGCCUGGGAAACCUUGGAACGAAAAAGUUUUAAAUAAUGUUCAUCACUUUAUGAUUUCAGUAUAUGUAUAUUUUUUUUCAAAACAGUUUCCUCUACAAGCUUUUCGACAUUGUACAAAUACCUGGUAAAAUCCUUAAUCCUUAUGUGGCCAACAGGGUACCCGGGUACCCAGCGCCCAUUUAAAAAGCACGGGGUUGAAAAAAGCAAUAUUUUUGUCGGACACAUAACGAUUAAUUGCGUCAGUAAAAUUAUUGUUCAAUUUUUUUUUAUUUUUACUUCUGAAACAAUCGCUUCCUCAUAUGGUGACUUUGGGUAUUAUAGGCAGGUUUAUUCUCUUCGUCAUGGAGCGGUUUUUGUCGGCCACUUUGUCUGAAACUUGAUCGUAUAAUUUAGCUUGGUAGGGAAAGAUUUAACACCAACUUUGAGUUCGAUAGUUUAAAAAAAAACAUGACGAAGAAAAAAAAAGAUGAUGAUGAAAUAUUAAUCAAACCAAGUCUCUUUUUAUUUGUUGUCUCCUGAGCCAUAGUGUUCCCUUUUUUCUAAUUUUAAUGAACUUCAACAUUAUACUGGUUUAUUCGUUAGAUGUACAAAUCAAAUAAACUCAACAUUUGAAAGUUAAAGAACGGUUCAUAAAAAUAUUAAUCAGGACAAAUUUCCGAGCAGGAACGUAGAACUACCACAUAAUUUAGUGGAAGGUUAUCCUGGUAUAAAAAACCCUAAUUAAUCCACCUAGCGGUGAUGGUGCCUUUCUCGUGCUUUGAAAUAUCCUUUCAACAAAACUCGAGCGACAUGUUGAUGACAUUGACAUAAAUACAAAAUGAAAACUGCUUGCUAAAUCUACUCAAUAUGGUUACAUUUUAUAUUAGCAUAUCAUCCAAUAUUCAGAAAAUAUAAGACAACGAUCCAAAACUCAAACCAAACAAGUGUCAUGAAGCCGCAAAGUUUUGAAACGUCAUUUUAGAUUUUCCGGUCAUCAUUUUAUGACUCCGGAUAUCUACCCCAACUAAACUAACCGCCAUCUUGAACAUUGAGACACCAUCUUGGAUGUUCUGGUAUUCAUUUUUGGACUCUACACCCAAAAUUACAUAAAAUAGUCGCCGUAUUGAAUUUUGAUCGUUUAUGAUUUUCUGGUUACCAGUUUUGGACGAAGACCGGCAUUCCUCCCCAUUCAAACUAUAGUCAUAUUGCAGACCUUGUGAAACAGCGCACAGCUUGGGUUUUCUGAUUACAAAUUUUGAAUUCUGGACAUAUUUUCAUACAAAAUAUGCCCAUAAUGCAAGAAUUAAAAAUCCUAUAAAAUAGGCACUAACUUGAAUACUGGGCCAUUAUCUUGGACUUUGGACCGCUAUUUUGGAUACUCUGGUGGACUCCAAACAAAUUUUCCAUACCAAAUACACUUAUUUUACAUAGUUUUAGAGCUCAAUAUUCCUUAAAACAGCCACCAUCUUCUGUUUACGCGAUCAAAUUCUUAUUUUUCCAUUCAACGUUGACCAAUCCUGCUAUAACUUUACACCUUAGGAAUCUGAAAUGGUACGAUUUGAUGAGAUCGCUUUAGUUUUGUCUAUAUUUUGUUCUCAUAUAUGAGAACUUAGACCUAUUCGUCACUGUUGUUCAUACCUAAUGUUUAUCAGGCCAUUAAACAAAGCCACGAUUUAAUUUUUCACAUGAACGUUGGUUCUGCUACACAACAGCUAGUCUCUAAUGUGAUCUAAGGCUAUUUUCUUGCUAACCGUUCAUUAGAUUAUCAAAAAAUCUGCGAUCUGAUGUG